AUGUAUACCUCGGGACUUACGACUCGGAAACCCUCAAACAAUAAACUGUCUUCUGGCGCUGUCGCAAAGUACAACAACGGACUAAGGCCUCCGGCGGAUGGUGGUGACGGCUAUGUGGCUACUAAAUGGGCGUCGGAGGCUUUCCUGAAACAAGCUGUUGACUCAAUCGGUCUUUCUGUUUUCAACCACCAUCCUGUGGGAUGCGAGUCAGUGAAGCAAUCAGAAGAAGAAAACAUAUCCAUUGUCAAUGAGUUUAUGCAAAUCGUCAAAUCGCUCGGAUGUCGACCGUCUUUCGAAGGAGUGGGCGGCUUUGCGGAUGUCAUGCUCGUCAGUGAAGUCGUUGGAGCUACUUUCAAUUCUCAGACUGGAAAGGGACUUUGUAUUUUAGAACACAAAGCACAUCAGCGGGCUUAUGUGGAAUCGUUCGCUACAGUGGUCGAGUCUGAUGAUAGCUUGAGCAAGCUACCCAGUAUCCCCAUCUUGGAAUGGUUUCGAAGGGCGAAGAUGGCAGGGUUUUCUUAUUUUUUGGCGUCGCAGGAUCUCGUUCUAGAAUCACAGCUAUUUUCAAGGCGGUGA